UGCGAGGUUUCAUGAAGACACGCCCUGUCUGGGUAAAUAACUUUAUUUCAAAUAUGUGAGCAUUCUACAAUGUCUCUCCAACUAAGCCCUGUGGACUUAAUGGCAAGGACCUCCGGGAAGCUAAGAGAGAGAAACGGCUGAAGGGAUUGAUUCAUGUCACACUGCCAAACACAGGGUUGGGAAUUUAUGAUUCUCCAAGUGGACACAGUACACAAAUCAAUAUCAUCACUGAACCAUAGCUGUUUGAAUUGCAUCCCAAAAAGAAGGGGAUGGGUAGGACGGGGUGGGGUUAGUCCACUCUGCUUUAGCCAACUUAUCUCUGUGGAAACGUUGGCUACACAUCAUUUAAAACAGAAUGGCUACAUCUUGGGUAACUGGUGUGGUAACCCAGGACCAUACUAGAUGGUUUGUAACCAACUCUGUGACACAGUAUGGGACCAGGCUAGAUUUAGUAGAGGUAUUCCCUUAAAGAUGCACUGUAGAGUUUUUAUAUCAUUUCUUCCAGGAGUUGUGAAAGUGGUGCUCACAAGCCAAAAUCGGGACCUGUUUGUGGUGCACUAUUGCAUCCAAUUAUUUCCUGAUUGAGGGAAGGGGGAAUAGUCUGAAUUGUUACAUGAACUUGGUGAGCUUAAGAACACACAGUGCAUCUUUAUGGAUAGAUUAAAAGACUAGGGCUUUUUAGAUAUAGCUAACGAAUUUGGAAUGAGGAUGGCCAUUGACAGUGGCCUUGUUUUUCUACCUAAGAACAUGUAAUUACAAUGGCUUGGUGAGUAUCUGUUGGAAAGAAGAUACUCCCCCAGUGUGGUCACCUAACCAACUCAUGGAUUUUUAUAACUAAUGGUGCUUUUAUUUCUAUGCUGACAGGACUAUGUUAUUUGCAUUAAACAAAUAAAAUAUCAUUUUUGAAAAACGUUAAGUUUAUUUUCUCAGGUUAAAACGGUUGAAAGUGAUAAUUUUUCUAGCGCUCUCUAGCCCAUUGUUGUGAUCUAAUCUAGUUUUCUGGCAAACGUAGCACAUCGAAAUUGCGAAAUCACUAGCUAGUAAGAACACUUGUAAGAACACUCAGAGGCGGCAAUACUAUGGGGAAUCUUCUACCUUCGGUCAAGGUGAACCAAAUGAUUGUCAUCCUAAGCAUUUUGCUAAUGAGGGUGACGUUAGGAACCUACACUAUAUCAGGUGAACCAGCGGAGCAGAAAUUAUUUCAAUGUGUGUCAGGACAAGUUGAAAGCAACAGGGUUCGAUUGUACCUCAGUCUGGAAAACCUGGUGGUGGAUUGCAUGUUACCUAAGAAACCAGGAAGCUCUGCACGACAGUACCUGAACCAAUUAGAGCUUUACACCUCAUCCGGCCUUGUGCCAACUAUGGCCAUCUAUAACAGCACUAACUCAGCCACCUUCGCCUUCAAGUUAAUUAUGAAUGCAUCGUCCUGGAGAGUGAACAUCCCCAGAAAAAACAUUACCAUCAACACAGCGCCAGCCCCUGUAGAUGAAUGGUAUGUGGAGUUCAGUAUGUUCCAUAGCCUCUCUAUGUUCAGCAAGAAGGGAUCCAUUCUGGACCCACUGAAGGGAACGCUACUGGACGUGGCCAGAGAGCCCAUCCUGCAGUGGGCGAUAGGGGAGGAGGUGUCAUCUCACAUCAUUGAACCCCACCUCCACCACGUCGUGAAGCUCCAGGUCAGCCAGAGUCCCUGUGCUGCUGAUGUGGCCGUGCUAGCACCUGUCUUUGCUCCAGGGACGCACACAGGAGUGGUCCUCAGUGUCACCGGCUCGGCCUUCACCUCUCAGGCACGGUGGUUCAAUGCCACCAGGACACUGUGCAGCUUGAUCAGUGAAGUGUGCGUGUCUGGCUGUGUUGGGAUCUCCAUCGUAGACCUGAAGCUGACCAACUGUCACCUGUUCCUACUGACCAAUCGGGGACUCUUCAUCAGCCAGGAUCUGCUGUCUCCUGUCACAGGCCCUCUUAAUUUCACCUUGCUCUUCCUUCCUGCUCUGGCUCAGAUGGACUAUUCUGCAACAACUAUUUGGUUUUCCUCUCAAUGUGUGACGGAUCGCAUCUAUUUUAGUGAUGACACGAUCAGUUUGAUUUCCAAUGAAGGAGAAGAUGAAAUCCUGAAUUCUAAGUGUGUGUACAGCAAGUACCCCUUCAAGAGGUGGUUCCUCUGCCAGGCCUCCACUGACGAAAUCACAAAGAACCCCAAACAACGUUACCUGUCCUUCCUCUAUGACCGCCACCAAGACACCGGCCUUCUGCUCUCACACACUAAGGAAAACGGAACCAUGGUGUCAGUGUUUGGGGUCAAGGAGGAGCAACCUCUCGAUCGUUGUACUAAGUUCCCAACAGCACUUAUAGACUUCCAGCCCACAGGAAUCUUCCUGUUGGACAACAGUGUUAUUUUGUAUGGUUCAGAGGUGUGGACGUCCUCAGACAGAGGCUCCACCUUCAAGUGGGUGUUCUCGCUGGAUGAUCAGAUUGUGAUCAACGCCCUGAGCUGCAACGCCAUUGGGGUGGUGGUGUUCUUCACCGACCAAGGACACCUCUACAUCAUGAAGUCAGGUCUGGCCAGGCAUGCUUGGUUGAACGAGACACUGGCCAUGGCGAGCACACUGCUGUGCGAUCACAUGGGCACCCUGAUGGCCAUUCAGCUGGGCAAAGAUAACCCCAGCGGAGUCAUCUACAAGACCAUCCCGAUAGAACACCUCAUAGAGAUACAUGAGAUGGGCUUUGCCAAACCUCUGGCCCUCCAGUACACCACAGACCACACAGUCCUGCUGCAUGAGAACGCUGCCACCCCUCCAAGCCUUGAUGAACUCCACCAGCACACCCGAGGCAGCCAUUUCACCCUCGAUCAUGUGGGCAAGGUCAUCUACUUCAGUGACGGUGGGAUGAUGGUGAUCACAGAUGUGUUCCGGAGUCACUUUCUAGAAGGGUUCGCCGGGGCCGUCGUCGGGGAGAUCCUGGAGCCGUUCAAAGGCGCCAGUCUAAAAGAAGAACCUAUGCAGUCACACGACCUUGUAGUGAUGAAGGACGGGCAAGAGGGUCUCAGUGUUGUAUUGCAGCUCAGAGACCUGGAUCCGUCCAAGGGGUUUAAUUCAUCCCACGUUGGGAAGACUGUGGUAGCGCCCGGCUUCAGCAGCUAUCUCAUAACCGGACUGUUGUCCGACGGCCGUGCCUUGGCCAAACCCACCAUGCCGGCCCUGGUUCCCCCUGUGAUCAGGCACCGGAACAACGAGUGGCUGCUCUUCAACUCUGCAGGUUGCUGCUGUGACAGUUGGGGUAUGAAGGAGGGGCCAUGUCGUCACGCCAUGCAGUCAUUGGACGGUCUGAGGAACAAUGCUCUGGUGAGGAUCAAUGUCAGAGAGCAGCUCAACUUCACCUUCAAGGCCUUCAUGUCCGACUACUCUCUGUCCAUGGUGUACCAUAAGAGGUUCAUGCGUGUGGUCCUGACCAACCCUGUGGUCAUCCGGGUCACAGCUGUCCACUCCUGGGACGAAACAAACAACCACAUGCUCACCCUCACUGCCUUCAGUCACCUUUGUAAGAAGGCCACCACGACAGUGACCGUGAACAUCCCAGAAGCCUCUAUGUUGUGUAGCACCUCGACCUUCACGUUCACGCUGCAGAACACCUGCCCCGAGGGACUCCAAAUCGUCUACGUGUCCCCACAGCCAAUCAGUGACCACGAGUGGCUCCACGGUGACCCAGUGGACAAGAUGAACAACAAAAGGCUGUUCAGCCUGCCUAUUAACUACCGGCCUCCCUCUGGGAAAGGUGUUUCAAUCCCUUACACAGACAACAUCUACAACGCUGAUCCAAGUAAGGCCCGCCCCCGGGACUUCUACGCCAUCUCCAAGAACUCAGGCCGGUAUAAACAGUGUGCUGGGAAGAAGUCGGCUGAAGAAUGUGGCUGUACGGACCUACUGAAAGUCUCUCCUCUAGCUAUCAACUCAGACUGCAGACAGAGGGUGCUGAGGUUAACGUUUCCUGUGACUAACUUCAACAUCAACCUGUUCCUGAGGAGAACUGAACACGCUGACAUCCCACUCCGCUCUCCUUACUUUGUAACUGUCACAGAGGUCAACAACCGAACCAGCUGGAAGGUCACUGGGACCAAUGUCACCCCCACCAUGGAAAGGAUGAGACAAUAUUUCAAAGGCAGUCUGAAUGGCAGUCUGUACAACCCAGAGGGACUGCAGAUCAGCCUUUAUGGCUCUGAGCUUUUCCACUUCCAAAUUUCUGUCAUUCCGGGAGUGGUGUUGUGUGACCUGGUGGAAGAGGUGCAGAUCUAUGUAGAUGAACCUCCGCUGGCAUUCCCAACCCAACACCUCGUCAACAGCAUGGCUGCCAUCAUUCUAGGGGGCCUACUGCUCUUCGGCUUCUUGCUCAGCUACAAAGGCGUGGCCAUGCCAACCAAGGACAGCGUCAAAGCCUUUUUCAAAAGACACCAGGCCACGGUCUCUCCUAGCAACACCGUAAGCCCUACCGAAGAGUAGGAGGUUUGGCAUGGUUUGGCAUGGUAAAAGUGUGCUACAUUUAUGCUUUUCAUUUUUGCACCAUUUUACCUGAGUUUAUGGUGUACACAUUUUUGUUCUGAUUACACCUUUUUGUAUGUCUCCUGUGACAUUUAUAUUUGGGAAACAUUGAAAGAAACUAGUAACGAUGAGAAUGUAGACAUUAAAGGAGAAAGACGUUUGGUGUGAGUUUUA